CUCCCCCUCCUCCCCCACACAGCUGGACUACAUCGUACCAUUGAGCGGGUACCUGGCCUGAUACCCGCAGUGCGCGAAAACUCCCGUGUAAGGAGCCGCUAGGCGCAUGUCUGGAGGGGUCUCACAGCUCAAGGAUGAGGGCUCUCAAAGACAGGUGGCCGUCGCUGGUGCCGUCGCAGGUCUUGUCUCGCGUUUCGUGAUAGCUCCCCUCGACGUCAUCAAGAUCCGCCUGCAGCUCCAGGUCCACUCCCUCUCAGACCCAUUAAGUGUUCGCAACAUCAAUGGUCCUGUAUACAAAGGUACCCUCGGCACACUCAAGCAUAUCCUGCGCGAAGAGGGGUUAACGGGCUUAUGGAAGGGGAACAUUCCUGCCGAAGCAAUGUAUCUUGCGUACGGAAGCAUCCAGUUCUCUGCAUACACAUACGUUUCUCAUGUCCUUGAUGCUAUUCCUGCCCCGUAUACUCCUCCAGCCUCUGCAAACUCUUUCCUCGCUGGCGCUGCAGCGGGUGCGGUUGCGACGACUGCCACCUAUCCUUUAGAUUUACUCCGUACACGAUUCGCCGCCCAGGGACCCGAUCGGGUGUACGCCUCUAUAUUGGCGUCAGUCCGACACAUAGCAGCGCAUGAAGGGCCAAAGGGAUUUUUUCGUGGCUUGGGCGCUGGCGUCAGCCAGAUCGUGCCCUACAUGGGCUUGUUCUUCACCAGCUAUGAAGGAUUGAAGCCUAUAGCAGCGAGCUCUGCUCUGCCAUUGCCAUUUGGAACUUCCGAUGCAGCAGCAGGAAUCGUCGCAAGUGUACUAGCAAAAACCGCCGUGUACCCGCUCGACACGAUCCGUAAGCGACUGCAGGUUCAAGGUCCGAUGCGAUUGAAAUAUGUGCAUAGGAAUAUACCCGUUUACGCUGGCGUAAUGAAGACCCUGGCGCAUAUAUGGAUGCACGAGGGUAGGAGAGGUCUAUACCGUGGUCUGACUGUGAGUUUGCUCAAGGCUGCCCCUGCCAGCGCAGUGACCAUGUGGACGUACGAGCGAACCAUGGACGCCCUGUUAGCUCUUGAAGAGAAGUUGGAGGAGUGAGACAGGCGUUCGCUUUGAUAACUAUUCAUGUAUUCCCUAGGAUCAGUAAACGGCCAUUACAUUGCCUGCUAUUCCUGUACAACAGCCUUCAUCUAUAGAACUAGAGAGGGGGGGUUUCUUUGAUCGGUAUAUAUUGCAUCUGUGAAGCUGCGAGGCAUAUGGUUUCCGAGAAGUUUGACGUAAAUAGGCAAAUAGGUGAACAUGCCCUUAAAAUUUUGACUAG